AUGGUGGCCCCUCAGGAAGGAUGGAGAAUUCACAAUCAAAACAAGGAGGAAGAGACCAGCGAGCAUUCUCUCCUGCUUUGUGAAUGGACAAGAGCAGUGUGGUUCGGCUCACAAUCACAAUGUACACCAACAAACCGGAAUGUCAGAUCAGUGGGUGAAUGGCUGCAACAAAUGUACAUAAAUUGUAAAAAAGCCAGCAAAGCAAAAGCGGACCAGAAUUGGAGUAGAAUAUGCAUCACUAUGUGGACAAUUUGGAAGGCAAGGAACAACCACGUAUACAACAGCAUAGAGCUGAAUCCAGAGUCAACAAUCAAUCAUGCAAGGAGGAUAGAACUAGAGUACAACAACCAAACAAAUGAUCAUAGCUACAAAGUUAGGGUGGACAACAGAGGCAGUACAACACCUAUCAAAUGGAGACCUCCUCCUCAAAGCUGGCUCAAGAUAAACUCAGACACUUCAUUCUCCAAGGGGACCAAGUCAGGGUCAACAACUUCAGUGAUCAGAGACCAUAGGGAAAAAAUCCUAGGGGGAUCAGCAACAGAGAUUUAA